AAUUCACGUGACAAACAGGAAGUUUAUCAAGAUUUAUCGUCGAUGGCUGUUACGAUACUAAGAUGGAUGCUGGCACUGUUAAUCGCUCAGGCUUCUACAUCGGGCUGUCACUUGCUAUCUCCUCAAGUAUCUUCAUUGGUGGGAGUUUUAUUUUGAAAAAGAAAGGCCUUUUAAGACUUGCAAGCAAUGGAUCUAUGAGAGCAGGUCAAGGUGGCUAUGCAUACCUAAAGGAAUGGUUGUGGUGGGCUGGACUCAUAUCAAUGGGAGUUGGUGAGGGGGCAAAUUUUGCAGCAUAUGCUUUUGCACCUGCCACAUUAGUCACCCCUUUGGGAGCAAUGAGUGUUUUAGUAAGUGCAGUGUUAUCAUCAUACUUCCUGAAUGAGCGUCUGAAUAUUCAUGGGAAGAUUGGUUGCAUACUGUGCCUCCUGGGUUCUACAGUGAUGGUCAUUCAUGCGCCCCAAGAAGAGGAGGUUGCUAGUCUGAAGAUUAUGGGCGAGAAGCUUGAAGAUACAGGAUUUAUAGUUUUUGCUGUCUGCAUUGUUGUAAGCAGCCUGGUCCUGAUCUUCAUUGUUGCGCCUCGUUAUGGACAAAAGAAUGUGCUGGUGUACAUCCUCAUCUGUUCAGUGAUUGGUUCACUAUCUGUGUCCUGUGUGAAAGGCCUUGGUAUCAGCAUCAAAGAGCUUUUUUCAGGAAUAGCAGUACUAAAAGAACCUCUAUUCUGGGCUUUACUCAUUUGCCUUGUGAUCUGUGUCAGCAUUCAGAUCAGCUACCUUAACAAAGCUCUGGACAUCUUCAACACCUCUAUUGUCACCCCUAUUUACUAUGUCUUCUUCACCACAUCGGUUAUGGCAUGUUCAGCCAUCUUGUUUAAGGAGUGGCUGCGCAUGUCCAUUGAUGGAGCUAUUGGGACUGUUAGUGGAUUUCUCACAAUUGUGCUGGGUAUUUUCCUUCUCCAUGCUUUCAAGGACACCACUUUCACUUGGGACUCUCUCCCUCUAUAUCUGCACGGUGCUGUCAGGGGUAGCACAUGUAAUCAGCCUUACAUUGCUCUGCCAAACCAAGAAAGUCUGAAGGAGGACAUUAGCAAACUUGCCAUAGGAAGUAAGAAAAAUAGAUUUUGUUCUAAGAAUUCAUGUCAGAACUGCCUUCCAACUACCCAUCUUAAUGUUAUAGACUUUACUACAUAAUCUUGAAUUAUACAUUCUUAAUUAAAUAUUCUUGAGUACAUUAUUGCACUGCUUUAAUUAAAUUCAGAAUACUGUGAAGUAUGUUUAUUAAACCAAUUAUAUGUGGACUUUUUACAGCUGUUCACUGCUGGAUAAUUUGAUAUAUCUUUACAUUCUGGGGAUUACACCCAUUUUUACUGGUUUUGCAGUUUUGCAUGUUUUGCAGUUCUGUAACAGUAUGAGCAUUUUGAAUGUGUGACUAUUAUCUUUAUUUUAUAAAGGUUAUACACAGUA